AUGCCGUCCUGUUGUCGACAACCCUGCUGUGCGGCCCAAUCAAACACUGGCGUUGCAGGAGGCGGCAGGCGAGCGCUGUGCGACUGUUGGCUGGUGACGCGCAGUGCGGGGCAGCAGAAGCAAAAAGGGGGGCGUAAUUUAAGACUGGCGAUACCAAUGCUGCAGUGUUUCGCGCUGAGGAUAGAACGGGCCCCGUUGGCUGGCUGGCGGCGGCGGUGGGUGCAGGUGGGCGGGGCGAGUGCAGAUAGGCUUGUGUUUGAAGGCCCGUUAGUAGUCUAUGCAACGGCUAGUGAUGUCGAGUGCCCAGGCGACGGCCGUGGUGGUGCAGGCAGCGCAGGAGGCCGCGGGGGGUCGUCGGCUGGACUGGAGCAAGUGCAAGAGCGGCCUAGGUCUUUCUCUGGCCAGCUUUGGAGCGGCGGAGCGGCGAGCGGCGAGGUGGGAGCUGGGGGACCUGGGACGCUGCGGCGUUCGGUAGGACCGGCCGUCAUCUGGGCCGCUGGUCACGAGCCUGAGGAGGAGAGGGAGCAAAAAGCCACCAUGAGGCCGAUGCCCGCCAGAAGAGCAGCGACAUGGACACGCGCCUAUGGGGUUUUUGGGUCGCUGGCCAGACGGGCAUAG